UUUCCGUUUCGCCAUUUUCCUCUUCUACACCGGUGCCGUUGCUGGUAGCUACGUUAUCGCCCCUUCACUGUGUUAAAAUCUGUUCAAAGCUGACCGCGGGGUAGAAGAAAACUUCAAAAAAAGAAGAUAGUCCGCUUGGUAGCUGUAUCGCUGACAGAAGUGCGAGAAUGGACGCCCCCGAGUACUCGCCUUUCUUCGCUGUGAUGGGAGCCUCUGCGGCCAUGGUCUUCAGCGCACUCGGAGCAGCAUAUGGAACAGCAAAGAGCGGCACAGGCAUCGCUGCCAUGUCUGUGAUGCGGCCAGAGCUCAUCAUGAAGUCCAUCAUCCCAGUGGUCAUGGCGGGUAUCAUCGCCAUCUACGGGCUAGUGGUGGCCGUGCUGAUAGCAAACAACAUAUCUGAGAGAAUCUCCCUCUACAAGAGUUUCCUGCACCUUGGUGCUGGUCUGAGUGUGGGUUUGAGCGGCCUGGCAGCCGGGUUUGCCAUCGGCAUCGUGGGUGACGCCGGUGUGAGGGGCACCGCCCAGCAGCCCCGGCUUUUUGUCGGCAUGAUCCUGAUCUUGAUCUUUGCUGAAGUGUUGGGGCUUUACGGCCUUAUUGUGGCUCUCAUCCUGUCUACAAAAUAAGUCUGCAUCAACACCAUCUCAUUCAUUCCACAUCAAAGCAGCAAGAACAAAUAGGAGAUUUUCACCUACUUCCAUUACACCUUGCGGGUCUGACAGGAUGGGAUGGCAGCAGAAACAUAUUGGCGAUCAACUUGACAGCUCUGUCCUCAGUAGAUGUGAUCUAUCCAUAUUGUUUAAAGCCAUCCAUUUGUGUCAGGUCUUGCGCAUUCAGAACGGGCAUGAAGAUGUAGUGGUUGUUGUGGGAUGAUGUGUGAACAGUCUGCCUGAUUUGUCGUCUGAUCUUAACCUGUACAGUGAUCCAGAGUCCCUCCACUCCCUGUAAAUGUAGUAACCAGUCUGUGCUGUGAGUGUGAGUAUAAGCGUUUAUCCCUCUGCCCAUUCCCCUCUCCGUUUUUUUUUUUUUUUUUUUUUGUUUGUUUUUUUUUUUUGGUUUUUUUUUUGUUCGUGGUUUUGUCAUUCUUUGUUUGAGAUUGCUGAAGAGUUGUGCACACUAGUAUUUUAUUUUUUCAUGUUAUUUUUGGGGACCGUUUUUUAAUCAUAAUGGUGAGGAGCUGUCAGGACUUUUUUUUCACUAUUUAUGAAACUGUUACAAAGAUUUUGACUUCAUGAAAGUGUCUAAAUGGGAAACUGUUUAUUGAAUACCCUAUAUACAUAAAAAUAUAUAAAUUAUCUGUGUAUAGUUAGAUUAAUUGCACUGUGGGUAAUUGUUGGAAUUCCUCUGGAUGUAGUGUGAUUAUUAAUGGAGGAUGUCCACAUGUUGACAUGGAGACGACUGUGUUUGUGUGUGUGAAUGUGAAUGUGUGAGUGGAUAAUCUGAGUGCAUAAUGUGAGCAAGUGAGUUUAUGUUAAAUAUGACAUUCUUAAACACUAGUAUCGUUUACCUGUAGUGCUGCUGUUGAUUUUUUUUUUUUUUUCGUUUGUUUUUUUGUUUUGGUUAAGGUGCGAGGUCACUGUUCAGCCAUGCCUGUCAGAUUUCCAAAUAAAACUCAACCUCCUCCAAAAUA